AUGGCUGCCCUGUUCUCCCACCCGCUUGAUCUAGUCAAGGUUCGCCUACAGGCACAGCAUCAGAAGGGAGCCCUUGAUAUGGCCGAAACCUUCAAGCAUAUCUACAAAAGCGAGGGCAUAGCUGGCUUGUAUCGUGGCAUCUCGGCAUCCAUUCUACGUCAACUCACCUACUCGACUGCACGUUUCGCAACCUACGAAAAACUCAAGUACAUGGCCGAGGACGACGGUGUAAAGGCUCCACAUACCCUACUUGUCGGUCUCGCAGCGGUCUCUGGUCUAGUGGGCAGUAUUGUUGGGAACCCCGCCGACAUCUUGAACGUCCGUAUGCAGAAUGAUGCUGCUUUACUGCCUGCUGAACGCCACAAUUACGGAAAUGCGAUCAGUGGAUUCAUCACCAUCGUACGCGAAGAAGGCUGGAAACAGAGUGUCUUUAGAGGCAUGGUGCCUAAUCUUGGAAGAGGAGUAUUGAUGACAGCUGGGCAACUGGCUGGAUACGACGUGUUCAAAAUGGAGAUACUGGCGCAGACCGAGAUGCAUGAUGGUACCAUGACACACAUCGCCGCCAGUACUCUCGCAGGUCUCGUUGCGACAACUCUGUGCAAUCCCUUCGACGUGCUGAAGACGCGAAUCAUGGCUAAGGAUGAACGCGUCGGCAUGUGGAACACGAUCAAGACACUUCCAGCUUUCAUCAGAUUGGGGCCUCACACUGUGGCAACAUUCCUCUUCCUGGAGCAGCACAAGAAGUACUACAGAAACCACUAUGCGGAUUAG